AUGGUGGAUUCAGGAAGUACACAUAACUUCCUAGAUCCCUUAGUGGUGCAGGCAGCAAAGUUGAAGGUUCAUGAUGACUCAAAGUUACAAGUUAGAGUGGGUAAUGGUGACAGAUUGCUUAUCAAGUGGUUGAAAGCCUUGGGGCCCAUUAAUUGGGAUUUCAAUUCUAUGUCAAUGAGUUUUGUAGUUGGGCAUUCCAGGGUCACUUUGUGUGGAAUGAAGUCUGAUGGGUUAAAAGUUCAGAGUGGAGAGAGUAGUUUGAAGUCUUCUUUGCACAAUUUGUAUGCAAACAUGUCAAAGUGUAAAUUAGCAAUGCACGAAGUAGAUUACUUGGGCCAUGUCAUUUCUGGUUGUGGAGUCAAGGCUAAUCCUUCUAAGAUUGUAUCCAUGGUUGAAUGGCCCAUUCCAAAUUCCUUGAAAGCUUUGAGACAUUUCCUAAGCCUCACUGGAUACUACAAGAAAUUUAUAAGGAAUUAUGGAACCAUUGUUGCCCCAUUAACAGUUUUGCUUAAGAAGAAUUCCUUCCGUUGGACUAUAGCUACAUCUCAGGCUUUUCAACAGUUUUAA